AUGUCAUAUCUUAUUUGGUUCAGCAGACAUAAGAAAUAUGAUGAAUGUAAGAUAGCGGAAUUAAAAUCCCUAUUACAGAUAUAUGGAUAUAAUGAAGAAAACGAGCCAUUAUUUAAUGAAAAUAAAAGUAAGUUUAAGGGUGAAGUAUAUAUAAAGGUAGAUAUAGCAGAGGAACAGUUAUGGAAAAAUAUACUCUCAAGAAGUAUUUUAAUAAAGGGGGUCCUGCAUAUAUGGAGUGAAGGGUGCUCCUAUGAUGAGUUGUUAAAUGACUUAACAAACAAAAAACAUUUAUUUGAAAAGAAUUUAUAUAAUAAUAAAAAAUGGUGUUUUUAUUUUAAUUCUUUUAGAAGAAUUAUAAAUCAAGAAGAAAAAGUAAAAAAGAUGAAUUACUUUAAAAGUAUUCUUGACAAUUUUCCAAAUGUCGAUUUGAUAAAUCCUGAUAUUCAACUUGGUCUCAUUGAAGAUUAUAAUGACUGUAAUUCAGGAACAUUGAAAAAAGUAUAUUUUGGAAAAUUUAUAGCUACAAGGAAAUACAACUAUUCGUUAAAUUAUAACAAAGGAGAUGUUAAUAAUGUAAGUAGUAAUACUGAUGGUAAUAAUAGCAGUACCGGUGGAAGCAACGGUAGUAGUAACUGUAAUAGUAAGGACGAUGCCAAUAUCAGUGUUAAAAAUUUCAGUAGUACCAGUAAGGACGCUAGCAAUAGUAAUAAUACUACUGUUCGUCCAAGAAUGGUAUGGUGGGUGCAUUACGCAUUAAAUAGAAGACCCGUGUUAGGACCGACAACUACAGACAAUGAACUAGCUUUUAUAAUGUGUAAUAUAGCAAAAAUUAAAAAAGGUGAUAUUGUAUUAGACCCAUUUGUAGGUUCCGGGGGGCUAUUAGUCACGUCGUCUACCUUUAAUGCUAUAUGUAUAGGUAAUGAUAUUGAUAUAAGAUUAUUAAAAGGUUAUAAAUUGGCAUAUUUAAAUCCUCAUGUUCAACAUAAAAAAAAGAAUAAAAGUAUAUUUGAAAAUUUUCAUCAUUAUAAUUUGAAUCUUCCUGAUAUUUUAGUAUCAGACAAUUCGAAACCUAUUUGGAAUACAUUUCACAAGGCAUGGGUAGACGCAAUUGUUUCUGACCCUCCAUAUGGAGUUAGAGCACCUGUACGAAUAUGUAUGAAUACCUCAGGAAGGAUGGAAAAUAAAAGAAAAGUUGUAUCUAGUGAUAAUAGUAAUAGUGUAAAUGGAUGCAUUCGUAGUGAUGUUGACAUUGCUGCUAAGGGUACUGGUAAGGAUAUUGAUGAUGGUGUUAAUGACGAUACUAAUGCUUAUGCUGAUGACGAUGGUAAUAAUAAUGAUGAGAGUCUGAACAAUGAUAACAUCAAAUGCACUCAGAAGAAUGGGCUUACAAGUAUGUAUGACACCGGGGAGCCUAAAAAAGUUAAGAACAUAAUGAAUACAAAAAUGGUUUCUUAUAGCUGUAAGUCAGCUGUCAAAGAUUUAUUAAAUAUUGCUUCCUCCACACUUGUUGAUGAUGGAAUGUUAGUUUUUUUACUACCUGUACAAAAGAAUACGAUAGAAGAAGAUAUAGCACUAUUAAAGCAUGAUGAUUUUUACUUAAUGUCAUACGACUUUCAGACCUUUACUAAUUACUCAGGAAGACUUAUAGUUUCGAUGAGGAGAAAGUGUAGAAAUAGUUCGAACUAG